CUAAAAAACGAUUCAUUAGACGUUAAAUUAUAGUUCAGUGGAGUUGUCCUUUCUCCUUUUUCAUGAUAUGUGUUUACUAUCGUUGCUAUGUCAUCCAGCCAUUGGCGUGUCGAGUGCACUCCGCCCAUCUCGGAAUAUAUUGCAUUAUAUAAUAAUGAGAUAUAACAGAUGUGGCUGCAUAUACCUAAUAAACGCAUAUUCAAUACCAUAAGUAUAAGCUUUCCACCUAACGAAAUUCGAAGAUUCAAUUGCAUAUUUUAUCAAACGUAAUAAAUUGCAGAUAAUAAUGUAUUAUAUAUUCUAUAAUUAUUAUCAUAACAACACUGACCUGUAUGUAAGAUCAAUUCAGAAACACUCCUUUCAGGAGUUUACCUUAGAGUAUACGUGUAUACCUUACGAAUGCCUGGACUAAAAUGAAAGUGAAGACUGCUUGAAAAAAUCAACUGCGCUUGCGCGAACUUCGGUCAAGAUAUCAUGACAUGACUAUUUUCCUGUGAGAAAUAAGUAUCCGUUGUUACGGCGCCAAAUCGAUCGGGUAAUCGCUCACUGUUCUCUCCCGCGCAAAGUGCGAGCAAAUUAUUUCUAUAGCACCUUACAUUAGAUCUUGAUAUUUUAUGUUAUUUUCGUCGGUAUAUUUCUGUUAAAUUAAGGAAUUUUGCCUUGGAAAAUACGAGAGAAGAAAAAUAGUAUGUAAUAUUCUUUAUUCGAAAAAAGAGGAGAGAUAGGCAAAUUCAUUUUGAUGUAUCGCUUCUCAAAUGCGAGUGGAAGCUCGAAGAAGAGUGACCUGUAUGGAUACUCAAUUUCUGUACCUUCAUCGAAUUUCUCUGGUCGCACUUGGGAUGUGGCCUUAUCAUCGGACAAUGUUUGUUCAACUUCACGCUUGUGUGUUUUGUCUUACUAUGAUUAGCUUUCUUAUAUUUCAGCUUACACCAUUUCUAACUACAGAAUGUACUAUUGAGUUUAUAAUUGAAAUUCUUUCUACAUCACUUUAUCUUCUUUUGUGCGUAAUUAACUAUAUUUCUUUUUGGAUUAACACGCAUGUUGUGAAGCAUGUAUUGGAAUAUCUUCAGUGCACAUGUAGCGAGUUAAAGGACGAAAACGAAAUUGCUAUUAUAAAAAGAUAUGGACACAUUGCAAAUUGUCUUGCCAUUGGAUUAACAUUGUUGGCGAUGUGCGGUUUAUUCAUCGCGACUCUUUUGCCAUUUCUGCCGCGGAUUUUUGGCAUCUUUUUCCCCGUAAAUAAAUCCGAACCAUAUCGCAAAAUGUUUAUCAUCACUGAAUAUUUUAUCGAUGAAGAAAAAUAUUUUUAUUUUAUUUUCCUGCAUCAGUGCGCAGCCUAUUACAUAGCAGUAGGUACAUUAAUAGGAGCAGGAAUAGUAAUGACGGGAUACUCUACAUAUAUUUGUGGAUUCUUUGAGAUUGCUAGUUACCGUAUCGAACAGGCAAUGCGAAUAAACAAUGACGAGGUAACUAAUCAGAAGAACAAGAGGGAGAUUGACAAGAAGAUAAGUCAUGCAGUGAAUAUUCAUCGCAUAGCUCUUGACUAUAUUGAAUUCUUUCUACAUAACUUCGAGAGAACAUACACUCUUCUACUAGUGAUUGUUGUAAUUUGUUUGAGCCUUCACCUGUUUGGACUUUGUCAAGCCGUUCUUUUUGCAGAUAGGACGCAAGAGUUUCUAUUACACUAUACUUUUACGCUUAGCAUUUUAACAUGCACAUUAGGAAGCAACUAUGUCGGUCAAGCAGUUACAGAUCAUUAUAAUUUCAUAUUUUUAUCCGCGUAUAACGUUCGAUGGUAUAUUGCACCUGUACGCGUGCAAAGAUUAAUAGUGUUUCUUUUGCAAAAAGGCACUAAGCCUUAUAGCAUGAAAGUCGGUGGUCUUUAUACAACAUCUUUAGAAAACUUUGCCUCGCUAUCAACUGCAUCAAUAUCGUAUUUUACUGUGCUAUAUUCUCUACAAAACUAAUAUUAAUAUGAAUCAGUUAAUCGAGUAAAAAUUUGAGAUAUUAAGAAAAGAAGAGUAGCGAAUCUGUACGCGCGUUAGCGCGACUCAUGCAGCGAGGCCGUCGGUAGGAAGGCCGCUCGUUGUUGGUUACGGCACAGUGAGGCAGCGGUGCCAGAAAGUAUGCUUCGUAGCAUACGGUAGGGAUGGUGGAAUGGGAAUAGUCUCGCGAAUUGUCGCAUGCAUUCUGGCACAACUGAAUGGAGAGGGUGUGGCGCGCCUCAGUGAUGCCAUGUAAAAGUUUCGUCAUGUAUACUAAAUAUCGCUGUCUUACUUCAUCAUUAUGUAUUCUAUGCAACAGCAGCAACAAUUUAUUAGCUAAUAAUAUUUUGGAAUAAAAUACAGAAAAGCUUAAAAAUAAAUAGUUGCCUAAAAAAAUAAAGUAAACUGUCCCUAAAUGAUUGUUGCACACAGUUAUCACAAGAAAAAGACAAAAUGUUUUCAUUAUUUUCUAAAUCUCUUCUGAAUAAAACAUGAAGAAAAGUA